UGAGUUUAAUGAGGGAAUCCACCAAAUCAAAAUAUAAUAUUUUAAGGAGUAAGGAAUGAGUGAACAAAUCCGAACGCAACGUCGACGUUUUUGUUUGUCGUGGUCAUGAUGGAAGGAAAGAAAAAGCUGACCGACUUCCGCUUAGCAACCAGAGACGGAACAACUCAAGACUGCAACUACGUUAUCAUGGCAACACACUAAACAUUUCAGUGCGACACCAGAAAAAGGAUAAAGUAGGCACCUGUCGCCGGGGCGGAGGGGUGACUUUCAAGAUCUAAUAUUGCCACGGUGAGAUUUUCCAUGACGCACAAAUGUCAAAAGCCCAGUUCAAGAAAAAGGAGUCGACUUCCAGCAAAAUAUCCGACGUGCAGGCAGAAGUAUGUUCUGUACCCGCCGCUUCCACCGAGACCCUGGACGACGUGUGGCCCGAGUGGACCGACGGCGACGUCUACAGGGAGAAAUGGGACUCGGGCAAAGUGCCAGAAGACCCGAAGAAUGCCAAGGCUCCCAGUUCGACUGUGUACUUUGAUGACCCAGAGGGGAAAAUUAGCCUGCCGGCAUCUUUGAAAGUGCACUACUGGAAGCGUCCUACAGAGUUCCUCGUAAACAUGGUGCCCACAGUUGUUGAGAACACACUGAACUUUGACCUGGUGUCCUCUAAUCAGCAUCUGCUUUGCAGCGAGAUAAUGAGAUGGAUCAUCAGUGAGAUUUAUAUCAUUUGGAAAGUCUUCCACCACCCCGAAGCUUCAGACCAACACGGCUGGAAACCUUGGGAGCACAUCUACUCGCUGUGCAAGGCCGGGAAGGGCCACGUGCCCCUCUUCAACAGCUACGGGAAAUACCUGGUUCGAAUCUUCUGGAUGGGUUGCUGGAGGAAGAUAACCGUGGACGACUCCAUGCCGUUCGACCGAGACCACAAUCUGCUGCUGCCGGCGUCCAGCUGUCGGUCAGAGCUGUGGCCCAUGCUGUUGGCUAAGGCGCUCAUCAAAGUUAUUAACACGAGGCCGCGCUGCGAAAAUGUCAACAGAAACAAAAUGGCGCAGCUGUCCGACGAGAUUGGAGAGUUCAACUUCAUCCAUCACCUUACCGGCUGGAUCCCGGAAAUCAGUCCCAUAAACUACGUGUGCCGCAGAAAAACCUGGGAUUUCUUACAAGGCAGCAUCCCCGAAUUCAUGCACAAAUGCGCAAAAGUGGAGCAGAAGAAGCACCACCAUCAUUCGAGGAGGAGUGCUGCCCUCGGGGAACACAGGAGCCAUCGGGACGUGGACAGAAACUCAGGUAAAUUGGUGGUGUGCGCCAGCUUCUAUCCCAAUCAGCUACACGAUGAUCCCUAUGUGUACACGAAAAUGGCUGAUUCUUCAGAGACUUUGCGCCACUACAACCUCUGUCUGCGGCACAGCCACGUGGUCCUGCUGACCCAGACCCGAACGUGCCCCUUGGAGUUACCACAAGAACCGCCGCCUGAACCGCGAUGGAAACUGAUCCGCAAGAAAAGCAAGAAGCCUGUGAUCAGCGAUGAGCCACGGAUUAUUCCUUUGUCUGAACCGGAGGAGUUCAUCGGCAUUGCCAGCCCCUUCAUCGACCAGCGUGUCAGGAUCCCACCUCGCCCUGCCAAAGAGUGGGUGGACAAGUGGAGCGUUCCGAGGAAGCAGCCCUACACGCCCCCUCUGGACCCCAUCGCCGAAGGGGCGGAGAACGAAGGCUGCGAGGCCCUCGAUCCCGACGCGGCUGAAAACGACGCUAACUGUGAAACUGCGGUCGAGGAUGUGGAGGUUCCUGCAGAGGACAGGAAGAAGGACGACGAUGCCGGCUCCAUUGAUCUGCCCAGGAGUGUAAUUACAGAACCCGUCGUCAAACCCAUAUUGCCAGAGGUUUGGGUGGAGUUGGAAGACUUUCCCAAAUGUUUCUGUCGCUUGUUGGUGUUCCAUAACCCCGAAACGUACCCACACCAAGCUCAGAAGUCUCUUCUUAAGUGUUCGUACGCACGAGGGACUUACUACUUGUGCGUGGACAGCCUGCAUCCUUCCCAGAUCCUCAUCAGUUUCUCUGGCUUGCUUCGUUGGGGAGAAAUAGACAACACCAAAGACAUGUCGGCAGCUCGCUGCCCCGCCCUUCUGCAGGCCGCCCCGUUCCACUGGAAGAGCAGACAGUGUCAGCCGCCCAUAGUCACCAUCGAGACAAACUGCUCCAAAUCUACCGUGCUGCACCUCCCCACAGGGCGCCAUGUUUUGUCCUUCCACACAUACGCAGAACUGGCCUACCAUGUACACCUGUACAGCAAAACGCAUUUCUCCUUUGGGGACGAGGAUGCCAUCAUGUCGCUUUGCACCAAAGAAAGUCUUCGUUUCAACGAGAAGGCAAAAGCUAUCAUGCGGGCUCUGUCCAAACUGGUGGCCUCCUUUCAUGACCGGCACGGCCAAAAGCCUCACAUAAGACGCAACCUGGAGGAAGCUUGCAGUCCUAAGCAAACCCCGCAGGAAAAUUGGGAGGUCCAAAAGGUGUUCAACUUGGCCGUCUACCACAUGCUGCGCGAUGCCCUGGGCAGGGAAAUGACCCCGCAGGAGCGCUUUGCCGUGCUGGCGCUCACCGCCGACCCUUCACUCCUGGCGAGGGCACGGAGACCGCGCCCGCCCGCCUCACUUCAGGAGUCCAAGCCUCCGGAAACGUGGCUUGACAGGCAGCCAACAGCCGAAGAGGUCAAGGCAGCAACUGUUCUCCAGGCUGCGUUUAAGGGACUCUUGGUGCGAGUGGUCCGCAAAUCAUCCAAAGCCGGCACCAAGGAGAGCAUCCGGACGUCGGCGCUGCUUUCCGAAAUGUGGUCCAAGGUGGAAUGUGACUUUGACAAACACGCCGCCUCCUUGCUCCGGUACAUGUUUGAGCUCUCCGACCGGGACGUCAUAAUCUACCCGUGUCAGCUUGAUGAAUGGACCAAAGUCGUCUUCACCGACUACUCCGUCACCCUCCCGGAGAAAGCCAACUCCUGGAUUUUGGUCUUUAGGGAGGUGUUCUUUUUUACUAAGGAGACAUUGCUGUUGCCAAAGGUCUACAGUCCGGUCCCCUAUUCUCGGCUGCACGUCAUUAAUAACGACACCGGAGAAGAGCUGAGCAAGCUCAUCACGAGGGUCCCGCCCCUCGUUUAUCAACCCAACGAGCUGGGCUACACGUUUGUCGCUGAAGUGCUCACACCCGAGUCGCCACCCGCCAACGGCAAGUGGACGCUGCGCCUGAUCGCCACGCGAGAGCCGCUCCCGAAACUGUCCCACGCGCCUCCGCUCAACACGUUUUCCGUGCAGGAAUUCCAGGAUUAUUACAUCCCCAACACAAACAAUAUCAUAUGUGGCUACACCGUGAAGGUGACCGUGCCGCUCCUCGGCACCGUCCACUUCCAGACGUCGUGCCGUUACGUGAAGAUACGUCUGUCCAUCCUGGAGCACGAGACGGUCGUGGCCAGCGCCACCGGGCAAGGCCAAGUCGUCAUUCCCGUCGCCAACUUCCUGCCCAAUGAAGAGGAAGAAGAAGAGGAGGAGGAAGAAAAGGAGGAAGAGAUAUUAGCUCCCAGUGGCGCACUAGAGGAGAACGGCCACACGCCCCCGGCCCAGGAGGACGAGAUCAAGGCGUUAGACGACAGCCAGGAAGAAGACGAGGAGGGCAGUACGUCGGGGAAAUCAGACUGCGAAGAUGACCACUCGCCCACGCCCACCAAGGCGCCGGAUCACAGGUAUUUGGUGAGGGCAGAGGUGCUCUAUCACAGCUGGGAUUUGGAUGAGUCUCAGCUGGCUUUCGCCCAACUGCUCAGUUUCAAAGAAACCCAAGUGUUCUUUCCGGAGGAGUCGUCGGAAUCCAUCUCUGACAUGUCGGGAAGCGACGAGCAGAGCACUGACACGGCCAAAGUCAACCGAAAAGGCGACGACGACAAGGGGACCGGCAGCUCCUCGUCGGUCUCCAGGGAAGAAAUGGGCCUUGACCUGACUAAGGCCAACUACACGCUGCGCGUUGCGGUCGACAAGAGCCAAGCCGAGAGCAUCGUGGUGAAGAAGGACGUUGAGAGAAUAGAGCAAAUCAAGGCUAUUAAAAGAGCCUGGGAGGCGGCUGAACCGGGCCGCGCUGCCAAGGCGUGGCAGUUACGUCUCAACUGGCUGAGCCAGUUUUACCUCUCCAAGGAGGAUGACAUUCCAGAGGAAGAGCCCGACGCCAUCGAGGCGGAGGAGGGCUGCAGUCCUAUUCCUCCAAACGCUCCCAAUAUUCCAAUUGAACAACUGUUGAGCAUCGUCGUUCCUCCCUUGGACUACAAACCCUUCAUCAGAAGGAAAAAUGAUACCCCGAUCCUGUUGGACCCCGAGAUGGAGGAGUGCCAGCGGCAGGAGCGCUUAGAAAGGAUCCAAGCCUACCAGUUGGAGCGCGAUCUGCUGGUGGAGGAGCGUCAGGAGAGAGCCGCCCUCAGGAGGGAACGGAUGCAAGGCCUCCUGAGGCAGUACGAAGACCAGCAGACGGCGAUGGUGCAGGAGCAACACAAAUUCCAAGACAUACGCACGCAGCCAAAUCAGAAACCCAGCGAAACUCGCAAAUGGCUUAACAACCGCAUAAAAAGGAGAGAGGACAAACACGUGGUGGAUGAAGCCUGAAGUGACGUCAAACCAACUUGACAUGCCGGGCUCUGUGCAGGUCCGUUUGAAACCAGGACGCCAAAACUCAGGGCUUUUAUGUUGGCCGCGCUCGCCUCCACAAAUACGUGAAUCGAUAAGUGACCGGAACGAGAUUCAAGCGAGGCAAACUUAUGGACCUCAGCAUUACGAGCACGGAAAAUAAAUGACUGAAUAAGAAAAAUGAAUGAGUUUUGGACUGUUGUGGGAAAGGUGUCCCAUAGCCUCAAAGACUUUCUGGCUCUGGAGUUGGCGCCAAUGUGCGGUGCUCUUGCACAAAUGCAGAACCGAAGUGAACGUACCAUACUGGACAGCCUUCCCUCGCCAUAUCGUGGUUCACUUUUUGGGGUCUUGCUGUAUGCCGGAUUUCAAAAUUGAAAUUCACAUUUUUUUCGCUGCAUGGCGAGAUUUUGUUGUAAUCAUUUUUCCACAUGGACCUUUUUCUCCAGACUUUCAAAGACUGAGUAUCUCUGAAGUUUGGGAUAUUGUCACACGAGGGGAAAAAAAAAAAAAAAAAAAAAAGAUAAAGUGCAACGUGUCUCAUGCAAAGCCGAACUGGUUUCAAAACCGCGGUGCCUACGGCAAAGUAAAUCUCGUUGGCUAAUUUGAUAAAACCUCCAAAUCGUUAGUCUGACUGAAUUCUGUUCCCUCUACAGUCGCUUUCCACAACAAACGGUCAAAUAAGCGCUUUUACUGACUCUGACGUCACUCAACGGGCCAGGCGCAUUCAAACUCAAAAGAUGUGUUCAUCUUCGCAAAUAUGUUCACUAAUUUUGCAGCUUUUUGUUUCUGUACUUCACUCCAUUCAAAUGAUGUAACCUUUUUCUCUUUGUAUUUUGUUCUCACUGGCAGAUUCGAAACGGUCCAUUUAGCACCCUGAUUUUGCUCUCGUGGGUUUUUAGUCAAUUAUAAACAAAGUGAUUAGUGAGUAACUAUUGAUUUUUAAAUGAGGUUAUUGGCUUAAAAGGUUUUUGUCAAUAUCUACCUGUUGGAAAGGAAAAAAAAAAAAGAAAUCUUCCUCUUUCGUAUCGACAAAUAAAUUGUGUCCAGGCAAAACACAUGAAAAGACCAACUGAUUGUAUUUAGACUGCAAGGACGUAUUGAGCCGUGCAAUCCCCCCCCCCCCUCCCCCGCGUACCCACGAUAAUAUUCUGCAAACUGUUUGCUCUCCUUGAAGGUCUCUGUAUUGACUUGACGCCCCAGCGGCAUGCUGGGUACACGACGACGUCCCUCUCCGCCCGCUGAUUUGAUGAAUAUAUUUGCGCGAAUAGAAGUUCCCCCUACACAAGACCAAAGACGGGCACACGAGGACCAGCGACUGCGCGUCUCGCGUUGUUGCGAGAGAUUACCCCCGCUCCGCAAUUGGCCGCAUUAAUGCCGAGGCUGUUUGGUAAUUUGGCGGCCGCCGGGCUCCGCGCGAGGACGAGAGACAAAAGGAUCGCGCAACCUUGAAAGCAAAGCUGCACGCAAGUAGACGUCCUACGAGUAAUAAGAAAAUAUUGGCUUCUCCGAUGGAGCCGCAUAGUGGGAUGAUGCAAUUAAAGGGAACUGGAUACACAUUCCCUGAGUGCAGCCGUGGCUCUUUAAUUCACUUUUCAUUCGGGAGAUGAUAAUUCAGGACCGCCUUCAUCGA